AGGUGGGUCCCACAGCACCCAACACAUCACCACACCGCAUAAUCCGCGUCCGAGAGAUCAGGACCGAUGCCUGUAAAAUCCAUCUAUCCAAGACCUCUCGACUCUCAUUUCUCUUGAGAAUCCACCAGCAAAUCAGUAAUGGCGUAAUGCGCACCCCUUGAGAGAAUAGGGAAAAUGGGCGUGCAAACCCUAGCAGAGAGAGCGGCCUUCAUGAGGGAGUCCCUCCAGAAGAGCCAGACCAUCACCGACAGCAUGGUCACCAUCCUCGGCUCCUUUGAUCAUCGCCUCUCCGCCCUCGAAGCCGUGAUGCGGCCCACCCAGGUAAGAACACAUUCCAUUCGGAGAGCGCAUGAGAAUAUCGAUAAGACGCUGAAGGCGGCUGGCGUUAUUUUGGGCCAUUUCGACGUCUCACGAGAGGCAGAAGAAAAGAUACUGAGAGGGCCGCAUGAAGACCUGGAAAGCUAUCUAGUGGCAGUUGAUCAGCUGAGAGAUAACGUUCGUUUCUUUGGCUCCAAAAGCUUUAAGACCAAUGAAGGAGUCCUCAAUCAUGCCAAUGGUUUGCUUGCUAAGGCUAUACUCAAGCUAGAAGACGAGUUUAAGCACUUAUUAGUCUCUUACAGCAAACCUGUGGAGCCCGAUCGCCUUUACGACUGCCUUCCCCACAAUCUACGACCGUCGGUGGGAUCACCGGGCCAUCAAGGAGAGUCAGGUGGACGGAAUCCAUCUUCCACCACUCAUUCCGAGCAUCAUGGCAAAGGUUUAGAAACUGCUGUUUACACUACUCCAACUCUCAUUCCACCUCGGAUUCUACCCAUGCUACAUGAUUUAGCCCAACAAAUGGUUCAAGCUGGCCAUCAACAUCAGUGUUUAAAAAAUUACAGAGACAUCCGUGCUUCUAUUUUGGAACAAAGCCUUCGAAAAUUGGGUGUAGAAAAGCUUACUAAAGAUGAUGUGCAAAAGAUGCCAUGGGAAGUUUUGGAAGCUAAAAUUGGAAAUUGGAUUCACUUCAUGCGGAUUGCUGUCAAAUUGCUAUUUGCGGCAGAACGCAAAGUUUGUGAUCACAUUUUUGAAGGUAUUAAUACUAUCAAAGAUCAAUGUUUUGCUGAAGUAACUUCAAACAGUAUGGCUAUGCUCCUUAGUUUUGGAGAGGCUAUUGCCAAAAGCAAGAGGUCACCAGAAAAGUUAUUUGUACUUUUAGACAUGUAUGAAAUAAUGCGUGAACUUCUGCCAGAGAUAGAAUCUAUUUUUGAAGGCAGAGUUUGUACCGAAAUGAGAGAAUCUGCAGUGCUUUUGUCAAAGCGACUGGCCCAGAGUGCAGAAGAAACAUUUGGCAAUUUUGAAGAAGCGGUUGAAAAAGAUGCUACUAAAACUGCUGUCCAAGAUGGAACCGUUCAUCCUCUCACUAGUUAUGUAAUUAACUAUGUGAAAUUUUUGUUUGACUACCAAUCAACAUUGAAACAACUUUUACAAGAGUUCAAUUGUGAAGGAGAACCAAAUUCCCAAUUGGCAACUUUGACCAUACGGAUAAUGCAAGCUCUUCAAACUAACCUGGAUGGAAAAUCUAAGCAAUACAAAGAUGCUGCUCUGACUCAACUAUUUCUCAUGAAUAACAUACACUAUAUGGUCAGAUCUGUGCGCAAGUCAGAAGCAAAUGAUUUAUUAGGCGAUGACUGGGUACAGAGACAUCGAAGGAUUGUGCAACAACAUGCAAAUCAGUAUAAAAGGGUUGCUUGGGCAAAGAUUCUACAAUGUCUUUCUGUUCAAGGUAUGGGUUCAUCUGGUGGUGGAGGCGAUCCAGGAAAUACAAGUGGAAUUUCAAGAGCAAUGGUGAAAGACAGGUUCAAGACAUUUAACAUACAAUUUGAAGAGCUCCAUCAAAGACAGUCUCAAUGGACAGUUCCUGACACUGAGUUGAGAGAGUCUUUAAGGCUGGCAGUUGCUGAAGUUCUCUUGCCUGCAUACAGAUCUUUCAUCAGACGUUUUGCGCCUAUGAUCGAGAAUGGGAAGAAUCCUCAGAAGUACAUCAAAUACGUUCCAGAGGAUCUGGAUAGAAUGUUGGGCGAGUUCUUUGAGGGAAAGAUCUGGAAUGAAGCAAAGCGGUAGGCGGAAGUUUCACCGAUCGUGUUGAGUUUGUAAGUACACCUAUGUGGAAUAAUUACUCAUUUCUAAUUCAUUUAUAUUGAUGACUAAUACGCAGGUGUUGUUAUAUCCCCAUUUCUUAUAAUACUUGCAGGCAUCUCUCCCUUAUUUUUCUUCUAUUUUUUUAGAGAAUUCUUUUUAAAACACGAAAAGUUUCCUAUGAUGGAGCCUUGGAUUAUGUAAGACUCUCAGUGAAAUUUGAAAUCCCACAAGUCUUUCUGAGUUUUCCUCUUCAGCCAUUUAUUCUUAUCAAUAAAAUGAAUGAUUUUUUUUUUACCACUAAUAAUGUAUAUGCAUAGGGAUUGAGUAUCAAAAUAGUAGUUAUUGAUGUAAAAAUCAUCAUUAUUUACUCUUCCUUUACCAAGGGUGAGGA